UAACAAUCGAGUAAGUACCAUAAUAAUAUUAAUAAUGUAAUAAAUCGUCGCACCUGACUUCGGAUCUAUACCCUCAGCUAAAAACCCCAAAAGUGCAAGUAUAAAAUAUGGAGUGUUUCGAGCCCGUCGACUCCACUAAGGUGGCGGAAUGCGAUUCGGGUUCCCAGAACGUUGACCAGAUCGAGCUUUUAGAUGUGAUGGUGCUCAAGACUUGCGGACAACUGGUGUACGACUUGUUCGAUCGGUUUGGAAACGACGACGCGACCUCGACGGGCUGUGACAACCACAGUGACACGAUAUCGUCGACCGCUACAGCGGACAACUACAGCGGAUCGUCGAAUAGCAGCAUGGGAUACACGUACCACGACGUGCUGAUGGCCCGAGCGUUUGACAGGCUGUACGACGUGAUGUCACAAGACCUGGAAAAAGUCAACCCAUGUCAGAUGCAGCCCAAACUUCUGCUGUACCACAAGCUGAAAAAUGUGGUGCGCCAUCAUCAGUUGCACGAGAUCAACAGGUAUGUUUUCGGAGACGAACCAUGUCAGGAUUGGGGACAAGACACUACGGACGCACUGACAAAGGUCCGCGUAUGGCGCCUAAAAUUUAGUGACGAAACAAAAGUGUUGGACGGUCUGAUGAAAUCUUAUAAAGUGGCAGCCACCAACAUUUUACUGCAUUCAUACGAAGUAGCAAUGGUCGCGUUUGCUGUUUUUGGUUUUUUACUAGGAUACGAUGUCACAGUUGAUUACAACAUUUUGUACAUGUUUCGUCGCAUUGAGGAAAUUUACGAACCAUUGACUUUUCAACAUGUUCACAAUUCCGUGUUGCGGAACGCUAGGUUAUUUUUAGAAGGUUAUGCUUCUGACGAAGACGAAACAUUUUUUGAAUCUUUGGCCGAAAAUGCAGUUAUUGUAGACAUGUUUAAUUGGAUAUUUGAUCUGUGUUCUGAGCAGCCAGAGGCCGUUGAUAAAUUCACCGACAACCCUUUCGAAAGUGUUGAGUGUCAAAUGUUUGAUAUCAAUGGAAAAAAAAUGGCUCCCAGCUACGUCAUAAAGUUACGAAUAUUUUAUCGAUGGGUUGUAAAGGAACUUUUCGAUGUGUUGAGCGGUAGAAUCCGAGAUCGAAUGUCAUUAUUGGAUCACCACGUCAAACAGUGCCUAUGCUGCCUGAGCGAAACAUCCUGGUUGAAAUUAUUCGAAGACGUUUAUGCGCACGCGCUGAAACAUUUCACAACUGUCCUCAGUGAAUACAAUUGUCCAGAACAAAUGUUGAAGACUUUUCACGAUAUGUGGAGCAAUGAAACGUUAAAAGAUAUUAUCAUGUUUUUUGUAAAUAAACAGGUUGACGACAACACCUAUUUAAAGCACCGCGAUAGCUCUACGGAUUCGAACGAGAGCCUUGGAUCGUCAUCUGACAGCCAAGAUUGAAUGGAAGAAAUCGAGUAAAAUCAAUCGACGGACACGUGCUUGUUUUUCAAAAAUA